UUCCGGGAUUCCCAUUGGCUCAGCCGCAGCUCGCCCCUCCCUCCGGAAGUGCGGAGCCUUGCGGCUCUGGCUCCGGCGUCGCAGUCAACAGAUUGAGGAGCUCAAGCCUGGGACAAUGGUGUGCAUUCCUUGUAUUGUCAUUCCCAUUCUGCUCUGGGUCUACAAGAAAUUCCUGGAGCCGUACCUGUACCCGCUGGUUUCCCCUUUCGUGGGGCGGAUAUGGCCCAAAAAAGCACUGCAAGAGCCCAGUGGUGCUAAAGCCACAGUGGACUGUAAGGGAGCAGACACAAGUGGAUUAGCAAGCAAAGGACCGACAGAAAUCUCCGAUAAAAAGAAAGACUGAAGUGACUUUCCCCCUCCCACGGGGUCGCGCUGUCUCCGAAACUGACCUGAUAAUAUGAAACCCCUUCCUCAGCCCCGUCUCUCUGACCUUUUCUCUGAGACCAGAACUCAGGAGAGCUAGUUUAGAGAUUUCCCUGGCCCCCUGGUGUUCAUAGUUAUGUUGUUAGUUAUAUGGAAUGACCUUGAUCCUGAGUUCGCUUCCUCAGUAACGUAGAUUUCAUUUCUAUUCCUGCACUUUUAGUGAUGUCAAUAAAUAGAAGGUUUGUGUCAGCAGA